AUGCUUAGUGUUCAGAAAACCCAGCGAAGAUGUUUAACUUGCUGUCAUCGCUUGCUUUCACUUUUCGACAUAAAUGUUAAAGGUCCCCCAAUAUUCAACCCUACUUUACUGCGCCAAAAUACAAGGGAUAUUAAUCAAGCAAAAAUUACGCGUCAUGGUUUUUAUCAGAAAAGUUUUACAAGUAUUCCUAAACAAUCAAACGAUAUUGAAGAUAAACUUAUAGAAGGAGUGCCAAGAAAUGGUGUAUCUCUAGAUAGUAAUGACGAAAUAAGAUCUCAAGGUAGCCCAGAGGAUAAAGCAAGUGACGAUAAUCUCAUUGAAGCUACAGUAAGACAGGCACGUCAAACAUUUGGAGAAACACUUCCUUCAAAUUUCCUAUCUAGCCAAGAAUAUGCACUCUAUGAGCGGCUAUUUGGUCCACCAACUAGAGAGACAACUGCAGACGACUUAGAAUUCAUUCCUGGUGAGGAAGAUGAACCCUCAGCCAAAGAAAUACGAAGCGUACUCCUACAGCAAAAUCAAAAGGGCGAACUUGAGGAGAUCGACAUUCAUCCCACGCCAUGCUAUUCCGUUGUUGAUGAAGCCUCAAAGGUGACAUCAGACAAGCAGAAUAAACCAACUAGCGAAGAGCAAAAAGAAAAAAUUCAAUACGUUGCCAAAAAUAAGAGGGAGGUGGAAGCAAUGGUCCAGUUACAAGCAGAUAUGAAGGCCGCAGCGGAGCUACCAGACAAAGACUUAGCAGAACAAGAAGAAGUUUUAGAGUAUGAAGAAGAAGAAGAAGAGCCGGGGGAAGAAGAAAUAGAUGAUGAUUUAUAUGUUUCAUCAGAUGCUGCGCGCACACAUCCACAUACAAUGGAGGGUCGAUCUAGAUCCAACCCUAGUACCAUAAAUCUACCUAACAAGUCUUUCGUAGCCCCGAUAACACAAUUGCUCGACCGAACAAAAAAUAAACAUCUGCAACUAGCGGCAGAAAAAGCAUUUGGUGGCAAAGGUCUUCCAUUCUCAUCGUCAGUUCCCGUGGCCAUGAAGAAUCUACCUCAAAGAGAAAUUGGGUUAGAUGCAUCGCAAAAUAGGAUGUCUGAAAUUGAAGCUGAUGCUUACAUGGCAGCUGUCAUGCCUGGGACAUACACCGCAAUUAUGAGCUCAUUGGUUGAGGUUCGAAAAAGACUCGGCCAAAGCUGGCUUAGAGAUCUGAUGAUCAAAUCAGAAGGAGAUGGGCCGAAGGUUCUGGAUGCAGGGGCUGGAGGGGCUGGAAUCAUAGCCUGGAGAAAGAUAAUGGAGGCUGAGUGGGAGAUCAUGAAAGAAGAUGGAACUGUACAAGAUAACUUUACUCCCCUAGGAAAGAGUAGUGUAGUCACGGGCUCUGACACUUUACGACAUAGAGCGUCGAAGCUCCUCGAAAACACAACAUUUUUACCUCGUCUUCCAGAUUAUGUUCAUAGCACAUUUACAGAUAAUAAUAUCGACAACUCCCAACUGGGGGAAAGGAAGAUUUUUGACGUCGUUCUUGCGCCUCAUAUCUUACUUCCCCAAAAAGAAGAUUAUAAACGCAGAAACUUGGUCAAGAAUCUCUGGUCUCUAGUCAACCCGAAUGGUGGUGUUCUAGUAAUUAUUGAAAAGGGUCUUCCUCGUGGAUUUGAAGCUGUUGCAGAUGCUCGAUCUCUUAUACUCAGCUCCUUCAUUUCUUCUCCUGGCGACAGAUUUGCCGAGAAUGAUAUCGAAUCAGCUGAGUCAAACGAAGGUCGAUAUACGGAAAAGGAAGAAGGAAUGAUCAUUGCACCUUGUACAAGUCAUAGCACUUGCCCUAUGUACCCAUUACCGGGGAUCAGUAGUGGCCGAAAGGAUUUUUGUCACUUUCCCCAGAGAUUUAUCAGGCCCCCUUUUCUUCAACGACUACUCGGAGCUAAAGUUCGUAAUCAUGAAGAUGUGAAGUUCAGCUAUAUUGCCUUCCGACGUGGAAUCGACGAAAGGAAAGCUUCUAAGCCUAUACUGCUAGGAGAUGACGCUACGAAACAGUCCUUUGAAGGUUAUGAGCAUCAUAAUUUACCAGAAACCUUCCAGGAUGCCGAUUAUAUCCAAUCCAACAUUUCCUUUAGUCCUCUUUCUCUACCUCGGGUAAUCUUGCCUCCUUUGAAACGACAUGGUCAUGUUACACUUGAUUUGUGUACUCCGUCGGGAAAGAUAGAACGCUGGACGGUUCCAAAAAGCUUUAGCAGCGUUGCGUACCGCGAUGCACGCAAGUCCAAAUGGGGCGAUCUCUGGGCUCUAGGAGCUAAGACACGAGUUGACAGAAAUCUACGCCUGGGAAAGAUUGUAAACUUAAAGGGGCAAAAGGCUAAGCAUCAUUGGGACGAAGCAAUGGGUAACAAAACUAAAAAAGUCAAAAAGUAUAACAUAGUCAUGGGGAGCAAGGGAUUUGAGGGGAUUCGUAGUGCAGGCAAAGUAAUCGAGAAUCGAGGGGGGAAACGCAACAAAGGCGGAAGGUUGUCAAAAGGACCCAAGCCAAUUAGCGUGGAUGACUUGUAG